AUGACCAAUUCGCAAAAUGUUGAGCUGGAGGCAGCCAAGUUUCUGCAUAAACUUAUACAAGAGUCUAAAGACGAGCCUACCAAAUUAGCUACAAAGCUUUAUGUGAUUUUGCAGCAUAUGCGAUCUAGUGGGAAAGAAAAUUCAAUGCCAUAUCAAGUAAUAUCAAGGGCCAUGGAGACUGUUAUUAAACAGCACAAUCUUGAUAUUGAAGCUUUAAUGUCAUCACGCCUUCCUCUGGCUGGUGGAACACAAGUUGGAGACUCUACAUCUUUGCAAUUAUCUGGUGCAGCUCCCGGUUCUUAUCCACCAUCAGAAUCGUCGGGUCCAAUGAAUUUUAGUAGCUCCUCAUAUGAUAAUCAUGAUUUUGGUGCAAAGGUUAGCAAGGAUAGAAGCAUGGAAGUGUUUCCAGCCAUGCCUUCAUCUGAUCUUUCAGCUGGUAAAAGUGUAGCUGGAAAGCCAUCGGAUCACGGGGGAACUAGUACACUGGUUAAUUCAAAUAAGAUAAUUCAGGGUGGUGCCCCUCCGGACGCAAAUAUGCUCAGAAGUCUGAGUAUUAGAGAGGCAGGGAAAUCUCCUUCUGCUCAAGCUCCCAGAACUGGCGUGCCAUUUAAAGAACAGCAGUUGAAACAACUGAGAGCUCAGUGUCUUGUGUUUUUGGCUUUCAGAAAUGGUUUGUCACCAAAGAAGCUUCAUCUGGAGAUUGCACUUGGAAAUUUUUACUCAAAAGAAGAUGAACCUCCCAGAGACCUUAUUGAUCAAAAAGAGGAGCAAGCUAACUACUCUAGCAACAUCCCUGAGGCCUCUAGGCAAUCUGAAAGACUAGUUAACACCAAAGGUCAUUCAUCUUUUGUGGACUCCCGUUCAUCCAAAGGAUCUGAGGUUGCAAAGAUGGAGGACAAACGUGGUCAACCCUCGAUUCUAUCUGAAAAUGCACAAGAUAGGAGGAAUCAUUUAGUGACAAGAAGGGAGUUGGAUGCUGAAAUGCCUACCUUGGAAACAGUAGUACAGACAUCUGCACCUGGAGAACAAUACGAAUCGAACAUGAGGAAUAUUUCCAUCAGUAAUCAUGGGUAUGAUUUGAAGAACAGCCAUCGGCAGAUUGGAUCAAGCAUCGUAGCUUCUGUUGUUAUACCCCCAUCCGAGCAAUUGAAGCUUGAAGAGAGUAGUGGGACUGGAAUUGGAUGUGAAACUGAUGCUUCCAAGGCAUCACUAGCCGCCACCUUUGCUACACAUGAAUCAGUUCCACAAAGAAAAGAUGAUGCUUUAAGUCUCAAUCAAAGUCCUACUGACUGCAGUGUUCUUGGAAAUAGACGCCCUGAUGGGAAGUUGCCUAGUUUCCAAUCGAAGGACCAGUGGAAGCCUGUUUUGGGAAUGAGUGGCCAAAGUUACCCUGAGUAUCAUUUGUCUGCUUUACAGACAGAUCGAGAAGAGGAUGAUAUUUCUAUAUCUACUGGUAGGCCACCUUCUCCAAAGCAUACAACACUGGAAAAAUGGAUUUUGGAUCGUCAAAAGAGAAAAGUUAUUUUCGAGCAAAACCGGGCACUAAAACAGCAGAAAACAGAGCAAAGAAUUGCUGCUCGUUCUGACAAGCUAAAGGACAAUGUGAGCUGUUCUGAAGAUAUUUCUGCAAAGACCAAAAGCGUAAUUGAAUUGAAAAAGCUUCAGUUGUUGGAGUUGCAGCGUAGUCUACGAAGUGAUAUAUUAAAUGACUUUCUCAAGCCAAUAGCCAGUGAGAUGGACCGCCUUAAAUCAAUUAAGAAGCACAGAAUUGGAAGGAGGUCAAAACAACUCGAGAGAUAUGAACAGAAAAUGAAGGAGGAGCGACAAAAGAGAACCCGUGAGAGGCAGAAGGAUUUCUUUAGUGAGAUAGAAGUUCACAGAGAAAGACUGGAAGAUGUAUUUAAAGUGAGGAGAGAGCGCUGGAAGGGAUUUAAUAAAUAUGCAAGGGAGUUCCAUAAGAGGAAGGAAAGAUUUCAUCGUGAGAAGAUAGACAGGAUCCAGCGUGAAAAGAUUAAUUUAUUAAAAAUUAAUGAUGUCGAAGGGUAUCUCCGCAUGGUUCAGGAUGCAAAGUCAGACCGUGUUAAGCAGCUGCUGAAAGAGACUGAGAAAUAUCUGCAAAAGCUUGGGUCAAAACUAAAGGAGGCCAAGACAUUGGAAAGACAGUUUGAAACUGAUAUGGACGAGAGCAGUAGUGGUGUUGAAGAGAAUGAAUUCAUUUUUGAGAAUGAAGACGAAAAGGAUCAGGCCAAGCAUUAUAUGGAGAGCAAUGAGAAGUACUACCUGAUGGCUCAUAGCAUAAAAGAGAACAUUGGGGAGCAGCCGACUUGCCUCGAGGGUGGAAAAUUGAGAGAGUACCAAAUGAAUGGACUGAGAUGGUUGGUUUCACUUUAUAAUAACCACUUGAAUGGCAUCCUAGCUGAUGAAAUGGGCCUCGGUAAAACUGUUCAGGUUAUUUCUCUAAUUUGUUACCUAAUGGAAACAAAAAACGAUAGAGGACCUUUUCUAGUUGUUGUACCAUCCUCAGUUUUACCUGGAUGGGAGUCAGAGAUAAACUUCUGGGCACCGAGUAUCCACAAAAUCGUUUAUUCUGGGCCGCCUGAAGAACGCCGAAGACUGUUCAAGGAACAAAUUGCUCCUCAGAAAUUCAAUGUUCUCCUGACAACAUACGAGUAUUUAAUGAACAAGCAUGAUCGACCAAAGCUAAGCAAAGUGCAUUGGCAUUAUCUCAUAAUUGAUGAGGGACAUCGCAUCAAGAAUGCUUCCUGCAAGUUAAAUGCUGAUUUGAAGCAUUAUCGUAGCAAUCAUAGAUUGCUGUUGACUGGAACUCCUUUGCAGAACAAUCUAGAGGAAUUGUGGGCACUGCUUAACUUCUUGUUGCCCAAUAUUUUUAACUCAUCAGAAGAUUUUUCCCAGUGGUUUAAUAAACCAUUUGAAAGCAAUGGUGACAAUUCACCAGAUGAAGCUUUACUAUCUGAGGAGGAAAAUCUUUUGAUCAUAAAUCGUCUUCACCAAGUGCUGCGGCCGUUUGUGCUUCGAAGAUUAAAACACAAGGUUGAACAUGAAUUACCUGAAAAGAUUGAAAGGCUUGUUAGAUGUGAAGCUUCCGGAUAUCAAAAGCUAUUGAUGAAGAGGGUAGAAGAGAAUCUUGGUGCAAUUGGAACUUCAAAGGCUCGGUCAGUGCAUAACUCUGUGAUGGAACUGCGUAAUAUAUGCAAUCAUCCAUAUCUCAGCCAACUUCAUGUGGAGGAGGUUCAUGAUUAUAUUCCGAAGCAUUAUCUGCCUAAUAUUGUGAGACUCUGUGGAAAGCUUGAAAUGUUAGAUCGAUUGCUGCCCAAGCUAAAGGCAACUGAUCAUCGGGUUCUUCUCUUUUCAACAAUGACUAGACUCCUUGAUGUCAUGGAGGACUAUCUCUGCUGGAAACAAUAUAAAUACCUUCGCUUAGAUGGACAUACAUCUGGGGGUGAUCGAGGGGCUCUUAUUGAGAAUUUCAAUCAACCUGGUUCUCCGUAUUUUAUAUUUUUGCUCAGCAUUCGAGCUGGAGGUGUUGGUGUAAAUCUUCAAGCUGCUGAUACAGUGAUCAUCUUUGAUACAGACUGGAAUCCUCAGGUUGAUCUGCAAGCGCAGGCAAGGGCUCAUAGGAUUGGUCAAAAGAAGGAUGUUCUUGUUCUUAGGUUAGAAACGGUUAAAACGGUGGAGGAGCAAGUUAGGGCUGCUGCUGAACACAAACUUGGGGUUGCUAAUCAGAGUAUAACUGCUGGUUUUUUUGACAACAACACUAGUGCGGAAGAUCGUAGAGAAUACCUGGAGGCUCUCCUGCGGGAGUGCAAGAAAGAGGAAGCUACACCUGUUUUGGAUGAUGACGCAUUAAAUGAUCUUAUUGCACGCAGUGGGUCUGAAAUUGAUAUCUUUGAGUUGGUUGACAAACAGAGGCGGGAAGAAGAAAUGGUGGCAUGGCAAAAUUUAUUUAGUGGGAAAGUGGUAGAAAAGUCUGAGUCUUUACCUCCUUUGCCUUCUCGACUUCUAGUGGAUGAUGACUUAAAACUAUUUUACAAAGCCAUGAAGAUAUCUGAAGUACCAAAUUCAGGCGUCGGAUCUAAUGCUGCAAUGAAGCGAAAAAGUGGGUCUGUCGGAGGGCUUGAUACCCAACAUUAUGGAAGGGGCAAACGAGCUAGAGAGGUUCGCUCAUAUGAAGAGCAAUGGACCGAAGAGGAAUUUGAGAGAAUGUGUCAAGCUGAGUCUCCAGAAUCUCCUAUAAUGAAGGAAGAAAUGACUGGAAAGAUACUGCAAAUGGGUACAAGUGGCUCUGUUGUGAUCAUGGGUGAAACACAAGUUCCGGCAGUACCUCAGCUUCCCAAGUAUCCAACUACCGAGCCGCUGGGACAACAAAGCAGAAAUACUACCCUGCCAUCUAAACGUGGCCGGGGCAGGCCGAAAAGAACGACGGUGGAAACCUCUACAGCAAUUCCUCGGCCUGCACCUCUAGGGGCUCGAGUUUGUGAAGAGCAAUGGAAAGGAGAUGAACCUGAAAGAAUUUGCAAAGUUGAAUCUCUGGAAUCACCUAUGUUAACGGAAGAAAUGACUGGAACGAUGCUACCGAUGACUACAAGUGGCUCCGAUGUGGUCAAGGGUGAAACACAAAUGCCAGGCGUAGUGGUCAAGGGUGAAAUACAAAUACCAGCAGUGUCUCAGCUUUCACAACAUCAAACUGCUGAGUCACUCUCACAACAAAGCAAAGAGGCUAUACCGUCAUCCAGACGUGGUCGUGGGAGGCCUAAAAGAAUGACUAUGGAAACUACUUCACCCAUUCCUCUUCCUGCACCUCUGGGAGCUGGAAAAAUGAAUGAGAGUUCCAAGGGGGAAACAGAUCCUAUGGUACCUGCUCCUGAUUUUACCCCUGCAAGAAGUAUCACUGGAACCAUGCAACAGUUGGGACUUGUUCCCAACUCUGAGCCAACUGCUUCUCCUCUCAUUCCUGCUUCUCAGUCUGCUGCUUCCCCUUCUCCAUCUGGGCGAGGUAGAGGACGAGGUCGAAAGCCUCAAACAGGAGAACCUUCAAGGCGCAGGGGCAAAAGACAGACCACAGCAUUACAAGCUGUUUCGGUAACUGCUUCACCAUCCGGGAUUGGAAAACCUGACAUGGAAAUACUGGGUACAACAGUUUCUAGUUCUACAGUCCCUCCGGGAACUGACCCAGUAUCCUUGGGUCCCAUUAAAAAGGAAGUACGUAGUGAACCAAGUUCAGUUCCAUCUAUUAUUGCUCUUCCGUCACCUUCGAAAUUGGGUGUGGGGUCACAAGUACCCAUUUCCAGCCCUUUGAAGGUUCCUGAACAAAACUCUGCUCCUGGUACAUCUGUUGUGGCAAGUAUCGGUCAGCAAGAAACAGGCGUUGUGUCUGCUCUGACAUCCCAAGAAACCCCUACUCAGGCUCCUGCCAAUCCUGGUGCACCAUCUAUUACGCCUUCCGUCUCUGUAGCAAAGCAAGGAAGAGGUAGAGCACGCAAAGCUCAAAGUGGAGAAGAGACAUCCCAACGGAGACGUAGGAAACAGGAGCCUUCAGUAUCUGCUGUUCAUGAUGGAUUAACCAAUCAAGAUUCAAAUUCAACUACGCCCCCAGAGAAAAAAACUCGUCGGAAGGCCAACACGAGUAAGCAGGGGAAUGAGUCUCAGGAACUGGCAAAUGUGAGCCCAUCUGUUCCACCUGGUUUUGGUGAUCUUUCUGCACGACAGAUCCCUAAAAGUUCUUCUACAGAUGUAGAUGUUGCUCUAGUCAAGUCCAAGGAUCCUUGUCUGAAACAAAAUGCAGAUGAAGUCAUUGCAACAAAACCUCAGGUGUGUGAAAUUCUGCCAUCAACUUCAUCAGCCUUGGAAUUACCAGUUGAAGUGUUGAGCCUCCCAUUGUCAGAGUCCAGUAAUCAGUCUCUGGGAGAAUGUGUUGCACAACAGGAUAAUAAAGACCUGUUAGGGGAUAGCUCCGUUGCUUCAAAUCCUGAGGUACCUGAAGAUUGUAAUAAUCCUGGAUUGUCUGAAGGCGCAUCUUUACCGAUAUUCAGCAGCACUUCUGUUGAAACGACCAAAGACCAAACUUUAAUUAUUGGAACCCCUAUGGGUGCAUCCACCUUUGGGUCAACAGUUCAGGCCCGUGACUCUGAAAAGUCUGAAUCUCGAUUUAGAAAGGAAUCUGAUGAAAUUAUUAUGUCUGCCAAGAAUCCUGAGCUGGAUAAAUUAAUAGCCUCAGAUAAUGUGUCUAUUAGAGCAGAAGUCAGCAGCAUCCCUGUUGAGAUGACCAAAGAUCAAAGUUUAAAUACUGGAAUCAUCGAGGCUGCACCAACUUCUGGGUCAAUGACUCUUGCUGGCGACAGUGUAGAGUGCGAACCUCCACAUGGGAAGGAAAGAGACAAAAUGGUUGAAUAUGCCACAAAUCUCAAUAUGGAUGAAUCCAUAGCCUCUGAUGAUAUGCCCAAGGGCAAAAGCAAUUUGGUUUCUGAGAUGUUAAAGGACAGAACCUAUAAUGAAUCUGGGGAAAUAGUUGCUGAACAUGUGAAGGAUGAUAUUAUGGUCGAGGGUCGUGUUUCGGCUCAAUCAUCUAUUGAAGUUGAAGUUCCAUCUUUGAAAUCUGAACGGAAUAAAUCUAAGCAUUCGUGUGAAAAGGGCGAUGCAGAAAAGCAAGAGAAAAAGGAUACUGCCAAGGUCUUUGAUUCAAAGCCUGAGUCUAUUGUGAGUCAAAGCUUACCGGAAGAGUCAUUUCCUGUACUGUCAACUUCGGAAAAGGUGGAUUUGUCUUCGGACUCUACUAUGUCUGAAAAUUUGUUUGUGAGAGAUAUCAAACAGUUAGAAAGUGGAAGUCAUCAUAUGGAUGCCUCACUUGUUCCACAUUCUGAGGUUGAAAUUGGCAGCAAUUCUGUUAAGGAAGAUGCAGAAGAAAAAAGAAAAGACCUUGCUCCAGGUGAGGCACUUCUUUCACUAUCCGAGAUUGGUAACAGUCAAUGCAUGGAGUCAUCAACUACGAACACAGAAGUUCUUGUUAAUGAUCUUCUAUUAAAGUAUUCGCUUGAGCAAUGCGGGGAAAAACCUGAAACUGGAGAAGGGAAAGGAUCUGAUCUAAAUGAGGUCCAUAUGCAAGAGACUCAGGCUUGUGGAAAUGAAAUGAAAUCACCUGCCAUUUCGCCUGAAAACAUGGAAGUUUUGGGGUCAAAGUCUGAGGAGAAAUCACCGUCUUGCAUCAAGGGAAGUGCCAAGAUGGAAGCUUUAAAUGUUGAACCUCAAACAGUUGAGAGUCAAUCUCUAUUAAGUUCUAUUGAUGAUGUGGAGGGUAAAAUUCCGGACAUGGAUGGAGCUUUAGUCUCAAAUCCUGAACCUGAACAGAUGAAGUUCGAGAGUCAAUUUGUGUUAGAUUCUUCAGUCGAUGUAAAAGCCGGCAAAAAUUCCAGCCUAGAUGUAACUUUUGUCUCGCAUCCUGAACCUCAGUCCGAAAGUCAACUUUUGCUGGCUUCUGCAGUUGAUGCACAAGGGAGCAAGACUUCUGGCUUGGAUGAAGCUGUUGUCUCCGAUCCUGAACCUCAGUCUGAAAAUCAGUUUGUCCUGGAUUCUGCUGUUGAUGCACAAAGGAGCAAGGAUUCUGGCUUGGAUGAAGCUGUUGUCUCAAAUCCUGAAUCUCAAACAAGGAGUCAAUUUGCACUGGAUUCUGCAGUUGACGCACAAGGGAGUAGGAAUUCUGGGUUGGGUGGAGCUGUUGUCUUGGGUCCUGAACCUCAGUUUGAAAGUCAAUUUGUGCUGGAUUCUGCAGUUGACGCACAAGGGAGUAAGAAUUCUGAAUUGGAUGGAGCUGUUGUUUCGGAUCCUGAAUCUCAGUCCAAGAGUCAAUUUGUUCUGGACUCUGCAGUUGAUGCUCAAGGGAGUAAGACAUGUAGCUUGGAUGAAGCUGUUGACUCGGAUCCUGAAUCUCAGUCCAAGAGUCAAUUUGUUCUAGAUUCUGCUGUUGAUGCUCAAGGGAGUAAGAAUACUGACUUGGAUGAAGCUGUUGUCUCGGAUCCGGAAUCUCAGUCCAAGAGUCAAUUUGUUCUAGAUUCUGCAGUUGAUGCUCAAGGGAGUAAGAAUUCUAGCUUGGAUGAAGGUGUUAUCUCGGAUCCUGAACCUCAGUCCCAAACUCAAGUUGUGCUGGAUUCUGCAGUUAAUGCACAAGGGAGUAAGAAUUCUGGCUUGGAUGAAGGUGUUAUCUCCUUUCCUGAGCCUCAGUCCCAACCUCAGGUUGUGCUGGAUUCUGCAGUUGAUGCAGGAGGGAGUAAGAAUCCUGGCUUGGAUGAAGGUGCUAUCCUGAAUCCUGAACCUCAGUCCCAACCUCAAGUUAUGCUGGAUUCUGCAGUUGAUGCAGGAGGGAGCAAGAAUUCUGGCUUGGAUGAAGCUGUAGUCUCGAAAUCUGAAUCUAAAAUAGCGAAGUCUGAAAAUCAAGUUGGGUUAGAUCAUGCAGAUGAUGUUCAAGUAAGCGAAAACUUCAAGGAGGAUGACACUGUUGUCAUGAAUCCUGAAUCUCAAAAUGUGAUAUCUGAAAGUAAAUUAGGUUUAGAUUCUGCAGUUGUUUUACAAGGGAGUAAAAGUCCCAACAUGGAUGAAGCCAUUUUACCGAAUCCUGAACCUCAAACGAAGAAGUCCAAGAGUCAAGAUGAUGUUCCAGAGAAAAAAGAUUACAACAGAGAUGAAGCUGUGGUUUCAAAAUCUGAAGAACCUCAACCCCGUCAAACUGCCGGGGACGGAGUAGAUAUAGAGCAACUUGGUGAAGGAAACACAGUAAGAGAGUCUAACAUAGAGAUUGUUUCAGCGGUUUCUCUUGCUGACAAUCUGAAGGAUGAUGUUCCAUGUGGCAUGUCAUCUGGUAUUUGUUCCAGUUCUAGUACUGAUGAUUCGGCUCUGGCACCAGUUACAGAUAAGUGCUCUAGUGCAACAGAAAAUAUUGAUAUGAAUGAUCCACAACAAUGA